AUGAACGUACUAGGUCGAUUUUUCAGGCCUGUUUUACCCCAUGUUGAGGGCUUGACGUCAAAUAUUGGCCGGUUCAAUAGAACAUUUGCAACAUCGAAAAUAGCAUUCCAAAAGUCGCAAAAGCUCGACACCACACCUUUGAGACUGUCCAACGAGCUGUAUGCCAUAUUCCGCAUCCACAACCGCCCUUAUCUGGUAACAAAGGGCGAUAAAGUCGUGUUGCCGUUCAAAAUGAAGCAGGCCGAAGUGGGCGACGUUUUGAACCUCAACGACGUCACAACCAUCGGCAGCCGGAAUUUCAAGAUCGUCGAUAACCCAUUGGAUCCAUCGCUGUAUCAGCUCGAAGCUACGGUGCUGGAAAAGACCAAACGUCCCAUGCGGAUCAGAGAGGUCACUAAACGCAGAAACCGGAAAGUCAGACAUGCCGUCAGCAAACCGGAUCUGACGGUUCUUCGAGUUUCAGAACUCUCUGUAACAGAUACCAGCUUGGACAAUAACAGCUAG